UUAAGAAAUAUCAACUAAUUAAGGUGAUGGUUAGAACUUAAUUUUACAUAUUAGGAAUAACUAUGAAAUCACUGAGCAUCAAAGCUUUGGCCUGUUUACUCGUUUUUUUAAUGGUUGGAAAUAUACUUCUGCAGUUGAAGCCCAAAGUUCAUUACGUCACUCAUGAUGACGUCAUCACCGAUUCAAAAAAGUUGGAAAAACUAACAAAUGUUAUAAAAGCACUUAGGACAUAUCCAAAUAUAGAUGCGCAACAUAGAAAUGGAUUUAUUAAAGAAAAAGGUAAUGACGGUAUUGGAAUUGAUGGCGUCAUUGAACAUGAUGACGCCAUAGAUAUUGUACCCAAGAAAAAUAUUGUAAGCGAUGAAUGCAGGAUUAUUUUAAACGGAGAUCUAAAUGGAAUUAAAAAGAUGAGGGAAAAUAAUUCGACCACCUUUCCUUGGAGUGACGUCACCAGUGAUGACGAAAUAAUACAGAGAGCAGCCGAUUGCACCGAGUUGAAGAAAAUAUACCGAUUCCCGCCGUUCGUGGAUUCAGAUUUCACCGUUACCGAAGAAGAAUUGGAAUUCCCCAUCGCCUACUCAGUGCUAAUGCACGAAAAUAUCGAACAACUUUUAUUGCUCUUAAGCGCCAUCUACAGGGAACAUAAUAUUCACUGUAUACACUUAGAUGCCAAGGCCUCUCCUGAAACUUAUAAGACAUUGGAAGCGGUAACUAGAUGCUUUCCUAACGUGUUUUUAUCGACUCAAAGACAGAGGGUUAUAUAUGCUGCAGCUUCAAGGCUUUUAGCCGACAUUGCCUGCAUGAGAGACCUGCUAGCAGUGCCACAGACUAUGUAUGAUUGGAAAUACUUGAUUAAUUUAUGUUCGCAGGAUUUUCCAAUGAGAACAAACAAAGAAAUUGUUCAGCAAUUGAAAGUGUUCCGCGGUCACAACAGCAUCGGAGGUUAUUCAGAACUCAACAGUCAAGUCAAACCAAGAACACAGUUUAUUUACAAAAUUGUAAACGAGACUGAAGGCGAGACAAUGACAGAAAAAAUAAUCCAAACGAAAGAAAAACACCCUCCACCGCCGUUCAACAUGACUGUAAUGAAAAACCUUGCAUACAAUUUAUACACCAGAGAAUUCCUGCAAUGGGCUUUAAUAGACGGCGAAGUUGGGCCGGCUUUGUUAGAAUGGUCCCUGGAUACGUACAGCCCUGACGAGCAUUUCUGGAUCAUGCUUCACCAUUAUCCAGAAGCACCGGGUGGCUCAAGUUUACUUGGGGGAUACCAGCUUGCUAGAAUGAUCAAAUGGUCGUUUAAUAAGCCAGUGAACGCGUGUCAUGGUGAAUGGAGACAUUAUAUUUGCGUCUAUGGAGCAGAAGACAUUUUUGAACUCACAAAAGAUCGGAGAGAAUUCUUUAUCAAUAAACUCGACGCUAGAAUGGAUAGUACCGGUACCGAAUGUAUGCGGCAAUGGUUGGACGAAAGAAGUAUUUUGCCUAAUGAAGAGAGGAAAACGUGGAACCCUGAUUUAUUGCCGCAUAUACCAUCAGACGCGUUUUAUUCAAAAGAACGUAAAGAAGAAGGGAAUUCAUAGCAGUGGUCGAUGUGUGGUCUAAAUAUAACCAAUCUAAUUAUUCUAAUUCCUGUUAGUGUUUCAAGUCUGACAGCAUGGCGAACAUGGCCUCUCGUCCGGUUACCAGUCCAUAUUGACUGUGGGAAUUAAUUAACGGAACAGCUAUUUGUUUCAAUUGCUUGGACUUUCAAGAUGGCGGUAUAAUUUUUUAUUCAUUCAGGCGUGACGGCAGAAUCUCGAAAUUUGGGAAUAGCGGGUAUUUAUGCGUGUGGGAAAGUUUUUUAAAUCAUUUAGCAUUUACGGUAUAAUUUCGCAAAUCGACUUCAAAACAAACUAACGCAGUGGUGAAUCGGUAGCUCCGAUGGCAGCAAUGUGUAAUAAAUUCCGACAAUCUUUUACGGUUUGCCUUAUCCUUUUUGCUUAUAGAUAAUUGUGUUAUUUAAUUUACUUAUUGUGUUAUAUAGUUGGGUCAAGGUACAAUUCCGACUAAAGCCAAUACUGAGCUCCUACUUCAAACUUGGAAUCCGGCUCUACAUCGCUUGAUUUAUUUGAAAGGCUUUAGUUAUUCCAACUCAAUUUUAUUAUUCCACUCUUUCUAGUUAAAAAAUAUGUCUUUAAAGCAAUUAUCUUCAUUCAGAUCAGUGGUUCCCAAAUUGGGGGGUAAUUACCCCUAAAGAGGUAAUUUGACAAGUUGAAGGGGGAUAAUUCAGAUAUUCACUGUUCAAUUUUUUUUGUAAUUCUUAUUCCGGCUUUUUAAAGUCCAUUCAUUUUGAAAUUGGAUUAGAAGGAGGAAUAUGGGAUACUGUAUCAAGUUUUUGACUCUGUGACUACAACUUUAUCGUGCAUAAUGAUUCCAAUCCCAAUAUCGACUUUGCAAAGACAGACAUUGGAAUUUUUUUUUGUUGGUAUCAAUAUUAAAAUGUGACAAAUUGCGCGAUGUCAGUUUUAUUAUUUGAAAGAGGUAUUUGGUCUUGAUUUUCUUGAAAUUUGAUUUAGAGGCAACGAUAGUAAAAAUUUUUGAGACAUUGAUUUAGGUACUGAUUUUAUUGAGUUUCGUUUGUUUAAAUGUGUUUUUGUACAAUACAAGGACAAAAUUAGGACGUCCAGAAGUAUGUGCACCAAAAUGGCGCACAUUCUGAACCCUAAUCUGGUACACAUACCAUGUUCAGGUUGUGCAACAUCUUGGUGCACAUACUUCUGGAGGUCCUAAUGUUGUCCUUGUAUUAACCAAAAUUCUAUAUGAAUCGUUUUGUUCAUUAAAUGCAGACAAUCGAUUACUUUUGCCUUAUUCCUUUUGCUUAUGAUUGUGUCCUAUUUGAUUUUAAAUUAUGUCAUUUUUUAAAAAUUUUUUGAUAAUUUUUUGAUAAUAAAUUAUGCACUGUAACUAAAAUGUAAAUUGAAAAUAGA